GGAAGCGCCAUUUUCUCGCUUCUCCGAGUCAAGUUGGCUAGACAGAGGAGACAGCCGGGCUUCCUGGAAGGAGGGCAGCGUGGGGACUCGCAAGAACCUGACUGUGAAGGAGGGAUGACGUGUAAUGGACCAAACAGCUUUGAAGCUUGUGCCACGCAUGAUAACGACUCUGACCAAGAGCUGGCAAAUGAAUGCUCCAGACUGCAAACAUUUUCCACUUUCCCAAGUCAUUGCCCUGUUUCUGCUUUAACUCUUGCCCGAGCUGGCUUCUUCUACACUGGCGAAGGGGAUAAAGUCAAGUGCUUCCGUUGUCGUGCAACCGUAGAAGGUUGGCAGCAUGGUGACUCGGCAGCUGGAAGGCACAAAACUGUUUCACCUAACUGUGCCUUUAUUAAUAGCGUCAGCGUUUGGAGGAAUGGUGUGCCUUCUGUUCUUCCAAACUCUCAGCAAAGGACUGAAGACAGGCUUGCCAACACUAAUUGGCAGCAGUCGUCUGAACCCUCCUCUGAUCUCUAUGCAGAUUAUCUGUUGAGAAGUGGGCAAGUGGUGGAUCUUUCGGACAGCCUGUACCCCAGGACUCCUGCCAUGUGUAGUGAAGAAACCAGGCUGCGGUCUUUCCAUAACUGGCCUACUUAUGCUCUCGUAACGCCAGCAGACUUAGCCAAUGCGGGAUUAUUUUAUACUGGCGUUGCCGAUCAAGUCGAGUGCUUCUGUUGCGGAGGCAAACUGAAGAGCUGGGAACCGAAUGAUCAGGCUUGGUCAGAACAUAGACGUCACUUCCCAAGGUGUCUUUUUGUCCUUGGUCAUGAUGUUGGGAAUGUUGAAAGUGUUCUGAGUCAAUCUGGCCACGCGGAACUGGAUAGAAGUGAAAUACCUAAUGUCAGCCUUCCCAAAAACCCUUCUAUGGCAGGUUACGAAACACGACUCAAGUCCUUUUUGACAUGGAGGUAUUUGGUUAGCAAAGAGCAGCUUGCUCAAGCAGGGUUUUAUAGCCUAGGUGAUGCUGAUAAUGUCCUUUGCUUUCAUUGUGGCGGUGGGCUGCGACAGUGGAGGGCAGAUGACGAUCCUUGGGAACAACAUGCCCAGUGGUUUCCUGGAUGUAACUACCUGCUUGAACAAAAGGGACAAGACUACGUCAACAACGUUCAGUUAACUCAUUCGCUUCAUGGUUCUACAAUAAACGAAACUGAGAAUACGUCACAUAUUGGAGAUGAGGAACUUUUACGGAACAAUUUGGUCCAAGAUGUGAUGCGGAUGGGUUUCAGCCUGGAUGAAAUUAGGAAAGCUGUGGAAAGGAAGCGGCACCUGUCCAUUGAGGCUCUGGUUGCGGAUUUAAUAAAUGCACAGCGUGAAAAUAUAUGCAGUCUACCCUGUGAGAACACCCUACAGAAAAGCCUCAGUACUGAAGAACAGUUAAGACGCUUGCAGGAAGAGAAGCUGUGCAAAGUAUGCAUGGAUAAAACCAUCACUGUGGUCCUUAUUCCUUGCGGGCACCUUGUCGCUUGUCAGGACUGUGCGGAAGCUGUUGAAAAAUGCCCUUUGUGUUGCACAGUUAUCACAACAAGGCAGAAGAUCUACAUGUCCUGAUCGUGCCACCCUGGUGCAAAUAUGAACGUCGGUCGCAAUCAGCGGAAUAUUGUUAGCUGACUGCCGGAGUUGUGCUAACACACCGAACUGGAUUUCAAGAGGGUGUUUAUUUUGGAGUAACAAAUUAUUUGGUUUUCAUGGAAAAUGUUGAACAAUGGUCCGAAUCCAAUGGCUUCUAAAUUGUGGGUUCUUCAUUCUAGUCCUAUAGGCUUGUUGCUGCUGAUGUCAUCCACACUGGCAUGAGCUUGUAAGAGGGCAUCAGAAACCUCUCCUAGCAUAAGUUCUGGGAGGCUGACUCACACUUUCCGUAGAACAGUGAACUAGUUGCCUGCACCAAUCAGCAUCUCUUCCCUCUCCCCCCCCCCCCCACGCCUUGUGGCAUGCCUCAGGUAAAGGUAUUCAGAGGCCUAAUUCCUAAAAAAGUGGUACAUCUUUGUUUAGGCUAGACCUGUUAGAUUGCAGGUUUGAAUUUGGAUGAUAGUAUGCUCUUCUUUUUUUAAAUGUAUAUCAAGGGCCCCCCCUCUCUAUUUUUUUUUAUUCCUCCCUAUGAAACCCCUCGUGCCAUCCAAACCAGUACAUUUUAGAGAGUUUUACCGCCCUGAUGAACUCCAGGCCAGAGGUGUUCUGGUCAGAAUCUUGUCAUUGCAAUUUGGGGUGUUCGUGCUUGGCUCUGUCUCGCUUACAUGCCUUUUCCACUCUGUGUUGUGGCUCUGGAAUCAGGUUCCCCUUCUCUCUACUUUUAUUAUCAUGGAAACAGAAAGCCAGUAACUUCUCCCAUCCCUACGUUGUUGUGGUGUACAUACAUAGAUAAUAUUGAUGCUAAUAUAUAUUAAAGAGGGAUGCGCAAAGGACUGACAGAAGCAGAUGCUUCUUGCUUUCCUCCAACAAGAAGGCAGUGUUGAAGAUGCAUAGUUGCAACCUCCAUAGUUGAAGAAGCCUUGCAACCAGCUAUUGCGGAGGGAAUUUCACAAGAGACUUUGAAGGACAGAAGAGGCAAGAGGAUGAUCGCCCCCGUUCAUAUUACAUGGAUUUUUCAUCCACGUGAGCCCCCAGUCCUCCACUGCUGGAGGGAAGGGGAGGGCGGGCAAGAUCCGCCUGUACCUUCCACUGACACUUGCAUAGGAUCCAGCCCACUAAAAUACAGCAGUGUUAACAUGUAUUGCACUCGGUAUUUGUGAGCUUUAGCUAUUUAUGACUGUAAAAUGUGGAAAACUGAAUGAUUAAGGGAUUCCCACACAUAGUACCAAGGCUGGAGGGGGUCCCCUCCCACUACUUAGCGUAAGCAUGGGGUACAUUAGAAUUUGAGAGUCUAAAUGCACUGCAUACUCACUUGUUCAGUUGUAGAGUAAAUUUUGAAGGAUAAACUGACAAAAAAAUAAGAGGCCCAGGCACUUGUCAAAGAAUCCCGAAUAGGUUCCAGGAUGGUGAGUUUCCUUUUUUAAUUUUAAUUACAGCUCAGUGACCCUUUAGACUCCUGUUGGUCACAGGGGACUUGCUGCUAAUACAUCAAUAUGAAGUCUUUUUGUUGAUGUCAGAGUAAGCAGAAGAUUCUUGCUAUGAAUUAAAUCAAUUUUAGAAAUUUGUGUGCUUUGCAGAUAAAAUUAUCCCCCAGUGUUGGGAGUUUGGAGCUACUGUUAAUCUCAGCCCCCUGCCCCCCCCCCCAGUUCCGUUGCUGGAUUAGUCAGUAGUGUUUUGCUCCUUAACUUUAUAAAUCAAUUUGUAACAGUCUGAUGUGCUAUAAUGAAUGCCAUCAUCCUGCUGCUGAGUGAAAAUCCAUCAAACACUAACGGAAGACCUUGUAUGUAUUCCAUGUUGCACACACAUGCACUUGUGUUGCACGUGAGCCCUUCUGCAUGUGAGCCCUUCUGUACAGCUGCUGCACUGGCCUCGAGUGCUUGAAAUCCCCAUAGACUUGAAUAGCACUAGCACGGGUAACAAGGGUGUGAGACUGUAACCUCGGGUCCUCCUGAUUCACAAUGCUGCCAGAGGCGGCUGAUGCAGCUCCUCUUGUUGCCAGGAGAAACACAGCGGUGUUAAGUGGACUCCACCCCCUCUGCAGGUCUGACAACUGUGCGGAGAUCAAGGAAGCCAUCCGCAGCACUCCAAGGUGGUGCUCUCCACAGCAGCUAUGUGGAUAAAGAAUGUGGUCGCUGGCUAGUUUGAAAUCAAAAAUCCCUAGCCGCAAAAUGCUGUGUAACUUUGUGUUUGGUGUUUUGCUUCUGGUAUACUUAUUUAAAAGUCACAAGUAUCAGUGCUGAGCUCAGCCUUCCCAGCUCUCGUGCUGCUCAUCUUCCGUCAUAUUUUUAAUGAGACUUAUGCAAGAAUGUCGCCCGUCAGAAUGAAUGAAGGCUGCUGCAGUGGGACAUGGCCGCUUGUGCUGUUCGCUGGCAAUCUGUCUGUCUCUCUCCUGUUGGUUCAUCUUUGUAACUUUAGUUCUCAAUCAUUCCCACAGAACGCAGAUUCCACCCCCCUCCAAAGAUCUUUCCAAAAUAUGGUGUUUCUUUGCAUUGCAUUAGGCCACUUGGGUUUUUUUAAAACAUUCUUGAACUAUGCAAAUCUUCUAAUCUGUAAACACAGGGACAAUCUUAGACCAUGUAUGAAUAAGAGAUUUGAAAAUGAUACUAUAUAUUUACUAUAUAUUGACCCAUGGCAGAAGAAAAGCCCAUGCUGGAACAAAGAUUUAGAAAUUCUAAUGUACUGAAGGAUGAUUUAUUUUUAAAAAAAA